CUUUACAUUCUUGGAAAUAAGAAUAUUUGAAAACUUUGUACUUAUUUAGAAUACAGUUCAAGAAACAUGGACGACUUAGACGCAUUGUUGGCGGACCUCGAGUCCUCGACCGCCCACAUCUCGAAGUGCCCGGUGUUCCUGCCGGAGGAGACGCCGUACUCCUUUCCCAACAAGGGGCGCCUCCUCCAGGACGAUUCUGUCCCUCCUCCACUGCCUCCCCCACCCUCCGCUGAGGCGCUGAACGGAUCCCUCCUUCACCGGCCAGACUCCCAACACUCCUCCCAACAGUCCCUUGGCUCUGUCCCAAAAAGCUCAAGGUCAAGGGACAGCACCAGCCCUCCACUGUCUCACGUAGAAGAGGAUCACAUCUACAGUUUCCCAAACAAACAGAAACACUCAGACUCAUCUGCUGCGGCCAUGACCACCGCUCUGGGUAGUAAUCUGUCUGAACUGGACCGCCUGCUACUGGAGCUCAAUGCUGUUCAGCAGAACACACCCUCAUACCCCACAACAGAGGAUGCAGCCCCUCCCCUGCCGCCCUGCAGCGUGGCACACUACAUCCAGGAAAAUGGUUCCCACCCGGGCGUCACCCUGACCCCUGCAGGCCAGGACAGAUCCCAGAGGAACGGGGCGAAAGGGUCAGAAGAAGGCCGACCAACUGUAGAGAGCCUGCUGAACGAGCUGGAGAGUUCUGUUCCCUCUCCAACGCCCAGUCCCUGUCCAAUUCAAGUAGGGGGCACAGAUGGACAGUUGGACAUUCCCUCAGAGCAACAGGGCCGCAUUUCAGCCACCUCUGCCACACGGGAGUUGGAUGAACUCAUGGCCUGUCUUUCAGAUUUCAAGAUCAUGUCUCAGGGUAAAGGCCCUCACACACAGGUCAAUAAACUGGACAAUAUGCUGGGCAGUCUGCAGUCUGACCUGCACAAGCUGGGAGUGCAGACUGUGGCCAAGGGGGUAUGUGGAGCCUGCUGCAAACCCAUUGCUGGCCAGGUGGUGACAGCGAUGGGACGCACCUGGCACCCAGAGCACUUUGUGUGCACACACUGUCAGGAGGAGAUUGGUUCUAGAAACUUCUUUGAGAGAGAUGGACAGCCGUACUGUGAGAGAGACUACCAUCACCUUUUCUCCCCACGUUGCUACUACUGCAAUGGACCCAUAUUGGAUAAAGUGGUCACAGCCUUAGACAGGACAUGGCAUCCUGAACACUUUUUCUGUGCUCAGUGUGGAGCAUUCUUUGGCCCUGAGGGUUUCCAUGAGAAAGACGGGAAGGCCUACUGUCGUAAAGACUACUUUGACCUGUUUGCUCCAAAGUGUGGAGGCUGUGCCCGUGCCAUCCUCGAGAACUACAUCUCUGCCCUCAGCUGUCUCUGGCACCCAGAGUGCUUUGUCUGUAGGGAGUGUUUCACACCCUUUGUGAAUGGGAGCUUCUUUGAACACGACAACCAGCCGUACUGUGAGGUGCAUUACCACGAGAGACGGGGUUCGCUCUGCUCCGGCUGCCAGAAGCCAAUCACGGGCCGCUGCAUCACCGCCAUGGGCCGGAAGUUCCACCCCGAGCACUUUGUCUGUGCUUUCUGCCUGAAACAGCUCAAUAAGGGCACCUUUAAAGAGCAGAAUGACAAACCCUACUGCCAUGGAUGCUUCAUCAAACUAUUCAGCUAGACUGUGUGUCUGUGUGUUGUGAGUCAAAUGUUAAGACAGUGCUUGCGUUACUCAGGUAGUAGAGUUUAACGUGUUUGGGGGUGAGUGUGUAUGCGUGAGUGUAGAUGUAUUUAGGUGUGUGUAAGAGAGAGAGAGACAUUACAGUAACACGUGAAGUAGCAUGUAUAGGUGAGGGUAAUGAACUUUAUGUUGUUUGUGACAGAGUGGGUUUGGGUUUGAUUAGUCUCAACACAGCAAGCUAUUCAGUUUUCAGGUUAUAGCGAGCUUCUCCGCCUUUCUACAGAUCGCAGCAUCUUUUAACCAAGGCUUGUUUGCAUCUUUAAAAGCUGACCCAUUGACGCUGACCAUAACUAAUGUUGAGAAGUCAGGGGACACAACUGAUAGCUGAAGUUUAUAAUGUGAUGUAGGCAGGGCCUAUUGGGAAUCUAUGCCAAAUGGUGAUGAUGUGCCUCCUGUUUUAUUAUGCAUGAAUAGAAACUAGAAGUACUUUCAGAAAGCCAAAGUUUACCAGACACCUGAGUGACAGAAAGGCAAAGUUUUGGCAAGAAGUUCAACUGUUUCGCUGGGAGAGAUCAGAGUUAGACCUACACGAGAUUUUAUUCUUAUGAGUGCUCAGAGAUGCUUUGCCCAGCUUGUACUUCAAAUGGAGAAUUUUAGUAAAGUGCUGUUGAGACGCGUGGAAUAUUUGUUACUGACUGUGAUUUUUCUGCUCACUGGUUGAGUUUGAAUGAAGAUGGAGACGUUUGAAGUGCUUGGUUAAAGUUUGGAUCAGUUGACCUGCGAUGGAAUUUUUAACUAUGAAGCCUCUCUUAUAGAUUAUAUAACACACCAAUAACAGUGCAAAGGCUGUGGUGACGAUAA